AUGCCGGCGGACCCCUUGCCAGAAGUGUUCCCGGUCCAAGAGCUCGAAUACGGCAUGGCGCUCGAGAGCAGUCUGGAGCCUGCGGGCGGCGUGAAGCUCGCGGCCGGCCAGGACCUCGAGGACGGCGUGCAACGCGCGGUCGGGAUGAAGCCCCUUCGACACAGCGCGUCCAGGGCGGCAGGCAGCGUCGGCGAUGGCACGACGUACGGGGGCAGUCUGCGCGCUGAGUGCAAAGGCUUUGGCGGCAGCAAGGAUGUCGGGGGAGACCGCCGUCACGACGGGUGGGGUGGAUUCGACGGCGGGGGCGAGGGCUUCGGUUUGGUCGAUAGCGUCCCCGCCAGCGAGUUCUUCUUCCGUGCGGUCCUCGACGGCCAGCUCGUCGAGUUCCUGGCGCCGUGGCUCGUGGCGAGGCGCACGUCGCUCCUGAAGUCCUUCGAGGAGGUUGUAUUGCGGCCCGCGCAGUGGGUGGCGAGAGUGAUUGAGUGCGUGCUUGCAGCUGCACGGCGUGGCGAAGCGAGCAGCGGCAAGGCUGCUCGGCAGGGCAUCGGACGCGACGACGAAACACUAAGGGGGGCGCACCUGCCCUGCAGCAGCGAGCCCCUCGCGCGGGGCUGCACCGACUGCCUGGGGGGGGCGGUGGACCUGAGCGGCGGGCGGUCGGCCGAGGCCGAGGCGAGCUUCGCCCCCUCCACCGUUCUGCGGGAGGUCCUCAACCUCUUCACGGUGGCGAUCGUCUUCGGCGUGACGUCGCCGAACAAGAUACACUGGGUGGAGGCGCUGAUCCUGCUGUCCGAGUACGUGGCCUACUGCUCCUUCAUGAAGGUCAAUGGCCAGGUAGAGGACUGGAUCAAGGACAAACUGAAGGGCGUCAGGGGCACGCCCACGCCAGCUGUUAUCGAGGUUGCGAAGGAGGCGAAGGACUUGGCGGUCGCAGCGAAGUUGGCGGCUCUGGAGGCGAGCCUCAGCAGCAGCAGCAGCAUGGAUGAUAAAAUCACAAAGCUGCAGGAGUCCGCCAUCACGAAGGAGGAGGCCACCACGAUUGUCGAAAAGCUGAAGAAAGAGUUGGUGGGGAUCUGUAGUACCGGGAACGGGGGGAAACCCCAACAGGGCUACGAGAACACCGAUCACAAAGAUAGUUUGACUGUGGUGAUCGGGAACGUGCCAGAAGCCGAUACUAUUGACAAAGCAAAAGAAUGGAUAAACCAACGCUGUCAGUCAGUAGGUUGGCCUAUCCCGUUCGAGGCGUACCACAAAGGGGAUAUCUACAACAAGAUCGCCUUCGUCAAGUGCCCGUCAGUAUCUUACCGGGACGCGCUCAUCAGAGAAAUCCGCAAAUCCGUGGCAGGCUCAACCGGGCAACCUUGGGCAAACAUAGAUCUUCCGUUUGGGAAGCGUACGGCAGAAAACGCACUGUUCGCAUUUAAGCACAUGCUAGUGGAUUGGGGGUACGGGAAGAAGGAGGUGGAGGUAGACAAGGACAGGCAGAUUCUCCAGGCGGCGGGGAAGACAUUGUCAAGGUUGUGGUGCACGAGUUCUUUUCAAAGUUCGAGUGGUGCAAUGGCGACUGGGAGCAUUGGGAGGCUCUGCGGCAGUCUGCAGAACUUGGUUCACUGACCACCAAGAUCCAGUCCAAGCUCGACAAGGAGAAGGAGCUGACCACCAAAGGGGGCAAGGGGAAGAAGGGCAAGGGGCAGCCCCCCAAAUGACAAACACAGUAUUCUCCAGAGGUUUCACCAGCAGUCGGCCAUACUGCAAUUAUGAACAAUCGUAUGGGAAUUCACUCGUGCACGACUUCUUCCUUAGAUCCGGCAGUCGGAUAUACUUCGUCUCGUAUAUCUUCAACUCUAUUGGGACAACCCGGGAAUCUCCGAGGCGGAGGACACGUUUUCGAGGACAUCGACUGAGAUAGGCUUCCCGCCGCAAGCGGGACCAUCACGACCAGCAUCGCCGGGGACAACGCCUCCAGACGCUGGUACAGG